AUGCAUUUCACACGUCUUGCCAUCCCCACGCUGGCCUCCUUGGUUGCUGUGCAAGCACAUCCAGGACAUGACAUUAAGGAAGAAAUCGCUCAUAUUGCACGAGCUCAUGAAUUCCGCAAGAGAGAAAUCAGUAGCUGCUACUCCAAACUCAAGGCUCGAGGUCAUUACCAACGCACCACCGAUAGAAGACACGAGAUUCUCCAGAACGAGCGAGCUAAGCGUGGUCUCCCUAUUGGUAACUUCCCAUUCACUCACUCAUUCUCUACCCCCUAG